CGAGAACCUGUCGUAGCGAACAUUUAACUGCAAAAUGUCCACGAGGAAUAUUCAACUUUUUUUAUUCACUGCAGCCGUCAGCUUUGCGUUAAUUGAAGCACUUCGGACAAAUCCUUGUCGGGAAAAUGAAUUUAUGAAAUUACAUGAAGAAUGUGAGCCGCAUUGUAAUAAUCCAAAACCAGAAUUUUGUCCCUAUACGCGAACGACAUGGUGUAAAUGUAACCCAGGUUUCGUAAGAAAUUCACAAGAUCUUUGUGUUAAACCCGAGGAGUGCAUUGAUGACGAAGUUUCUGAAGAAUCAGGAAAUGAAGACAAAAUUCCCGAUGAUGCUGAUGGCGACGUAUUUAAAGUAUAUUCAAAAUAUGAUAAAUAUUGCGGUGAAAAUCAAUUUUAUACACAUAAUGUCAUAAUGUGUGAACCAUCUUGCGAGUAUCCUAUUCCUCAUCGAAAAUGUCAAGUUACUUUAGCAGAGGGCUGUAGAUGUAAACCUGGAUAUCUAAGAAAUUCACAACGCGUGUGCGUGAAACCGGAUCAUUGUGAAAAUAAUAAAUUAAUUAUGUUGUUAUAAUUAAAAAAAAAUAUGUAA